GGCGGGCGCGAGCCGCGCGCGCAACGGCCAACGGGAGCGGCUCUUUUAGGGCCGCUGCGUGGGGCCGCUCAGAGCGCCGGGGAGCGGUGGCCAGCGCCGGGGCACGCGUCCGGGAAGCAGCGCAGGGGGCUCGGCGGGGGGCGCCGCCCGCAGCAGGUCAUAAUGGUUUCCAUACCUGAAUACUAUGAAGGAAAGAAUGUCCUCCUGACAGGAGCUACAGGUUUCAUGGGAAAAGUGCUUUUGGAAAAGCUGCUCAGAUCUUGUCCUAAAGUACAAGCAGUGUAUGUAUUGGUAAGACACAAAUCGGGGCAGACACCUGAAGCACGAAUACAGGAAAUAACCAGUUGUAAGCUCUUUGACAGGUUGAGAGAGGAGCAGCCUGACUUCAAAGAAAAAAUAAUAGUAAUUACAAGUGAACUUACACAGCCUGAACUGGACCUUAGUAGCCCGAUCAAACAAAAACUUAUAGACUGCAUUAAUAUUAUAUUUCACUGUGCUGCUACAGUCAGAUUCAAUGAAACACUAAGAGAUGCUGUUCAGUUAAAUGUGCUUUCCACAAAACAGCUCCUCUCAUUGGCACACCAAAUGACGAAUCUAGAAGUAUUUAUACAUGUUUCGACUGCGUAUGCAUAUUGCAAUCGAAAACACAUUGAAGAAAUUGUUUAUCCACCUCCUGUUGAUCCCAAGAAACUGAUGGAUUCUCUUGAGUGGAUGGAUGAUGGCCUAGUGAAUGAUAUUACACCUAAACUGAUUGGCGAUAGGCCUAACACAUAUACUUAUACAAAAGCCUUAGCUGAAUAUGUAGUACAGCAAGAAGGUGCAAAAUUAAACACAGCCAUUAUAAGGCCAUCUAUUGUUGGUGCUAGCUGGAAGGAGCCUUUUCCUGGAUGGAUUGAUAACUUCAAUGGACCUAGUGGCCUCUUCAUUGCUGCAGGAAAAGGAAUUCUUCGAACAAUGAGAGCUACCAAUGGUGCAGUAGCAGAUCUUGUUCCAGUAGAUGUUGUUGUCAAUAUGACACUGGCUGCAGCCUGGUAUUCCGGAGUUAAUAGACCAAGAAAUAUCAUGGUAUAUAACUGUACUACAGGUGGUACCAACCCUUUCCACUGGAGUGAAGUUGAAUACCAUGUAAUUUCUACUUUCAAGAGGAAUCCUCUCGAACAGGCCUUCAGACGGCCCAAUGUUAAUCUAACUUCCAAUCACCUUUUAUAUCACUACUGGAUUGCUGUAAGCCAUAAGGCCCCAGCAUUCCUGUAUGAUAUCUACCUCAGGAUUACUGGAAGAAGCCCAAGGAUGAUGAAAACAAUAUCACGUCUUCAUAAGGCCAUGAUGUUACUAGAAUAUUUUACGAGCAAUUCUUGGAUCUGGAAUACUGAAAAUAUGACUAUGCUAAUGAAUCAGCUAACCCCUGAAGACAAAAAGACUUUUAAUUUUGAUGUUCGACAACUACACUGGGCAGAAUACAUGGAAAAUUACUGCAUGGGAACAAAGAAAUAUGUGUUGAAUGAAGAAAUGUCUGGCCUCCCUGCAGCUCGGAAACACUUGAAUAAGUUAAGGAAUAUACGCUAUGGAUUCAAUACAAUUCUUGUGAUCCUGAUCUGGCGUAUCUUUAUUGCAAGAUCACAAAUGGCAAGAAAUAUCUGGUACUUUGUGGUUAGUCUGUGUUACAAGUUCCUCUCAUACUUCAGAGCCUCCAGUACUAUGAGAUACUGAAGAAGAGAACUGAGCAUUAGGGCAUCUAUGCAUAUGGUGGUCUAACUACACAAAGCCUGUAACGUAGUCAUCUCACAUCUUGUAGAAGCAUUAUUUCAUCUUAAAUUGGAGUGCAGAAUAUGGUAUGGUAUAUGUACUGUUAACUGUAUAUCUUCCAGAAAACAUAGAAAAUAAAAUGGUCAAGUGCCGGUCUGAAUUGGCGUUAGACAAGCAUUUAAAUAACUUUAAAUCAUUGACCUAGGGAGAGAAUGUUUUAGACCACUGACCAACAUAACUGUGCAAUUUGGAACAUUUUGAUUGAAAUCUGCCUUAACAUACUUAUUCUGUUAAUUUUUACACCACGUUAGGGAAGGUAAAUUGUCAUAGUAAUUGCUAGUUUAUUAACUAUUCCUUUUGAAAUCCUAAAACUACAAAGGAUUUUGAGUUUCAGAGGUGUAUAAAUGCUGGUGGAUCUACUAGAAAAACUAGUGGAGUACUUCUAUAAUUUCUUUACUUCUUUCGCUUCUUCCCUUCUCAAAGUAUGGUCAUAAUGGUGACUACUUUGCUUUUAAAAGGAAAAUAAAUCUCCCUUAAUUAUGGAAAAGCCUUUUGUUUUAUCUGGUUUUCAGAAUGCACUUAGUAAUUCAGUUCUGUGCUCAAAAUCAGCCCCAUUCUAUUUGUGUUUAUCAGCAUGAGCAAUUUGCUUUUCCAAAAGCAGAAGUGAUCCUAUCUGAAAAAGAUGAAACGGAACGUUACCAUGAGGAGGGGAAAAUAUUUGUUGACCAUCCUCUUUUUUUUUAAUGAUUUUUGUUGGGAAUACAGAGCCAGCACUUGAUUGUUACAUUUCUGACUUCAAAAGGUAAAUGUAUUUAAAAAGAAUUUAUUAUGCCUAGUUGAUACUUAUAUUAUUGGUAACUGUAGUUGGACAAACUGUAGGCUUUCAUUGAGAGAUACCUGUUCUUAAAUUCUAAGUAAUGUUAGCAAAUACUUCAUGAACUAAUAGCUUUUCAAAAACUCUGAGCUAUGAAAUUUGAUGCAUGGAUAGACCAAUGCAUAAGCACACUCAUCUAUGUCCCAAUAAAACCCUCUUGUUUCACUGGGCAAGCAGAGCAAGAGGCAUCUUGCUUCAAAAUUUGAAAUAUAUUAACAGAUUUUAAUUUAUUUCUUAGAUUUCUUCAGAUUUAAACCUAAUAAUUUAAACUUUUUCUGUGUAAUUUGUUUUGGUAGGUAAAACUCAGACAUAAGAAGUUGUAAGAAAAGCCUGAGUCCCUUUUUAAGGCAAUACAUAAAGAUUCUUUGAAACUCUGGUUGCACAGAAUUCUAUUUGAGAACACUGUUCCUCUUACUGAUGCACUGACCAGCACCCUUGCCCAGUGUGUGUUCAUUCAAUUUAUACUGUAUGUGAAUGUUCUUGAAUCUGCUUGGAAAGGCAAAUAAUGACUUAAUUACACAAGAGCUACAUUAUACUUGCCCUUGGUAGUUUUUUUGUCCUAUUUGAAUUAAGUAUGUAAAGAACUUAUUUUGCUAUUCUUGUGGAAACUUACUUUAAAGAGAACACCUUUCAUGCAGGUGUAUGCCAUUUUGAAAAGAUAAUGGCUUCCUUGUUGAAGCUAAGUAUUCUGUAGUAAGUAGUAGUUAAGCUGUAAUUCCUUUUUAAAAUGACCUGUGUGUGUAUAUAUAUAUAUAUAUAUAAAGCUAGUGAUGGAAAGCCUAAAAGGUCUAGGACCACACCUUGUGUGAGAGACCUUACUGUGGCUGAAAAUAAAUUAUGGCUUCUGUGACUGAAGAUGUUAUACUUUAACAGAUACAUUAGGUAUGUUACAUUUUUAGUUACCUCCAGAAGCAUCUUACUAGAUCUGAAAGUAUGCUUAAGCAUUCCUGCACUGCAGACUUUUUUUUUCAGAGGUGCCUACAAUCCAGUGAUGUCCCUCUUCCCGUGUUGGCAUGUGACUGGUUUGCAAAAAGACAUGCAUCAUAUUCUGAAAAUUAUUUCUGUGAAGCAGUUGACUUUAGACUUUUUGUUCUUUAUCACCAUUACACGUAAUACUUUUAUUGUUGAUUUGUUUAUACUGGGAACUAUGAAGCCAAUUAAUAGAUUACUUCUGAUCCAUGCUACUUAGGAAUCUAUUCUGUUUAGUACAUAACUGAAGAAAAGGAUUGCUUCAAAUGUAAGGACACUUAACCUCUCCUCUUUAAACACUUGGCAGUUUAGAAAACCACCUUUAUCUUUGGGGGCUGUGGUUAUCUGUUGACUAUUGGUAUCUUAAACCCAUCAGUCAUUCUAUUUAAUUGACAGUAGAUUCAGUGUCACACUUGUUACAUCUGUUUUUUGUGGUCAGUCUGUGAAAUUUCUAUCUGAAGAUAAUAUUUUAUUUCCAUAUCAGAACUCUGUUUUAUUGCAUUUCUUCAUAAGUGUUUGCAUGUAAUGGAUGUUAGUCAGAAACAGACUUGAACUUUAUUUUUGAUAGAGAAAGUUUGAUUCUCUGUACUGACUAGCAAGUUACAGAAAGUAUUCUAAUUGGUUAAAUAGGAGAAGCAGUUGAAACAACAACAUGGUCACUUAACAGUUACUGAUAAUUAAAUUUGGGACCAGGGAAAAACUGCUUUUUCCUGUAAUGUUUUUCUGCUAUAGGAACACAUGUUUGGAAACAAAUGCUAAAUCUGUGAGCUUUUAUAAGACAAACAGAAAUAUUGGGUGCCUUUUGUUUGUAAACCAAAAAUAAACAAAUCCCUUAAAAGUGUUGUUAGUGUUUAUUGUAUUUUUGCUGGUUUUAGUGGAAAACUAAUGUAUAAAUUCUGUCUUAAUAUACACAUAUAUGAACAUGUUCUUUCCUUU